AUGCAAGUACCUGAUAACUUUUUACAAGCAUGUAGAACACGAUAUGGAACUACUGGAUCUGAUGGUUUCGGUAUACCAGGCGAUGGAUAUUUAAUGAUAGUUGACGCAUCGCCAGGUGGUUUAUGUAAUGAUAAUUGGUUGUUAGCUUAUGCAAACGCUUGUCAGUUGGAAGGAAAUACUGAUCGGCCAAUUCUUGGAUUCAUUAAUUUCUGUCCAAAUCGUUUGGAUGAAAAUUAUCCAAUGAGUAAAGUGUUACUGUAUACAGCAAUUCAUGAAAUGGGACAUGCAUUAAUUAUUUACGAAGGUACUUAA